AUGCCUACCCAGGGCAAAAGAAUCUGCCGUGAAGGUACUAUGGAAACUGAGCACGAGACGUCAGCUGAUGCCAUAUCCGAUCUGUUACCGAGAAAACACAAAUCAAAAUUAAAACCAGAUCGCGAUGCAGAUGAUAGUCAAAUGUGUAGUGAUGAGGAGAGUGGGAAGGAAGAAGAGGGAAAGGAAAGAAUAAAUGAAAGACAAGAGGAUGCGAAUCAGCAACAAAGAAAGACGGUGGCUCAGAUAAUGCGAGACAAGAAAAAACAAACAUCUUUAACUUUACAGUGGUUAGAAGAGAACUACAGUAUAUGUGAAGGUGUUUGUUUACCUCGAUGUAUUUUAUACGCCCAUUACCUGGAUUUCUGUCGACGAGAAACAUUGGAACCAGCUUGUGCUGCCACCUUUGGAAAGACAAUACGACAGAAAUUUCCUCAUCUAACAACAAGACGUUUGGGAACAAGAGGUCAUUCCAAGUAUCACUAUUAUGGAAUAGGAAUACGUGAAACCAGUCAAUAUUAUCAUUCUGUUUAUUCUGGUAAAGGUUUAACAAGAUUUUCUGGGGCCAAGUUAAAAAACGAGGGUGGAUUUACGAGGAAAUAUUCUCUAAGUUCUAAGACAGGAACAUUAUUACCAGACUUUCCUAAUGCUAAUUUUCUCAUUUUACCAUUAUCACUACCUCGAGAAAAGGUGGAGACGUUUAUUAUGAUGUAUAAAACACACUGUCAAUGUAUACUAGAUACAGCCAUUAAUGCCAACUUCGAAGAGAUUCAGAAUUUUUUGCUCCAUUUCUGGCAAGGUUUACCGGAACAUCUUCUACCGCUGAUUGAUAAUGGUGUUGUUGUUGAUAUUAUCUGUGUCUGUGAUUCUAUACUAUAUAAGGUCUUAACAGAAGUUCUCAUUCCGGCUACCAUGCAAGAAAUGCCUGAAACUUUAUUAUGUGAUAUCAGAAAUUUUGCUAAACAUUGGGAGAGUUGGGUGGCUUCCGCUCUCGAGAACUUACCAGAUCACGUGUUAGAAAAUAAACUUCCGGUUGCUAGAAGAUUUGCUCAGGCGCUGAAACGUCAAACAUCAUUUUUACACCUAGCUCAGACAUCAAGACCAGUUUUAUACGAUGCCCAGUUGGUAAAUCAGAUGAUAGCUGAUGUUGAUAGAAUAGAUUUAAACAGUAUUACGUCACAUGUUGUAUGUACACAGAAAGAUUGCGAUCAAGAUAUAGAACUAAACGCUGAAUUUUUAAGAGAAUUUAAAGAAAUUUUAAGAAAACAGGCUACAGUGGAAGCUUUUACAGAAUGGCUGGAUAUGGUGGUUGAACAGAGGGUUGUUAAACCGAGUAAACAAAAUGGCCGAUCGUUUAAAAAACGAGCACAGGAGUAUUUAUUGAAAUGGUCGUUUUUUGGAGCCAGAGUCAUGCAUAAUUUAACCCUUAAUAAUGCCACAGGAUUUGGAUCAUUCCAUCUAGUAAGAAUGUUAUUAGACGAGUAUGUUCUAUUGGCUAUUGAAUCACAGUUACAUAACGAGAAGGAACAGGAAUUACAAUCUCUAUUAGAUAAACAUAUGAAACCAGACGAUACAGGAUCGAAACCUAACUUAUCACAAGCCCCUAGUACGUGUUUUGUGGCGAGUUCUGGAAGAAAUAAUCUAGCCAGAGGGAUGGUAGGCAACCCGGUGAAACGAGAACAAUAUCUAGAUCCUAGUUUCCCUCCAACUUACAAUCCUCUACAACCCGGUCGUGAUCCAUAUCCUAUAUCACCACAUCUCUCAUCACUUACAUCAAUCACGCAGUCUGUACCUGGAAGUAAUUCCAUGUUAACACCACCUGUAUCACCUAUAGUUCCCAAUCCAAUCAGAAAACAGGUUAUAAAUCAACCACCAUUAUCUUAUAAUGGCGGUCAUCAGUCAUCCAUCUUGUCACCGUCAUCCUAUCAGUAUCUUGGGUAA